AUGGAAGCUUGUACUAGAAAAUCACCUAAGAGUAAUGCUAAUUCAGCUAAUCAGAAACAGAAUCCUAAUGUUCUUGUAGAGGUAAACAACAUUGAGAACCAGCUAUGGACGUUAAUCAACUCAAAAGGUAUAUUGCAUCCAGAUGUUUCAAAACUAUACACUAAAGCAGGUUUGACCUAUGAGCAAAUCUUUAAAAGCAAUCUCCAACAAGAAGAGCUUCAAGAAGUUGAGUUCUGUCUCUGGAAACUUCACUAUAAACACAUAGAUGAGUUCCGUAAAGGCGUCAAGACAGAUGAUCCUGCCAAGCAAGAAACUCAUACGAAAGCAUUCAAGAUGUUUCUCUUAAGAGCCGCCGAUUUUUAUAAGAGUCUGAUCUCCAAAGUUAGCGAGGAAUCUGGAUUCUUAUGCCAUCGUUUCUAUAUUUGUCUUGGUGAUCUUGAAAGGUAUAAAGAACAGUAUCUGAAAACACAUGAACAUCCUAAUUGGUCAACAGCAGCUAGUUACUAUCUUGAAGCUGCAAACUCUUGGCCUGAUAGUGGGAAUCCUCAUAACCAGCUAGCUGUGUUGGCUACUUAUGUUGGUGAUGAGUUCUUGGCUUUGUACCAUUGUGUGAGAAGCUUAGCUGUGAAAGAACCUUUCCCUGGUGCUUCCAACAAUCUUCUUUUGUUGUUUGAGAAGAACAGAUCUUCUCAGUUGCAGUCUCUGUCUACUGAUGCACAGUUUAACUUCUUAAACCCAUCAGAGAGAAGUUAUUUCUCAAAAGAGAAAGGAGACUUGAUGUCUGGAACUGAUUUAUGGCCAUUGAUGGUUCGAACUAUUAGUUUCUUUUUCCUCAAUUCCAGUUUGGAUGACUUUGGUUUCUCAUUUGCAUCAACUAUAAGAGAAAUGGAUGCAGCGUUUGCAGUUGAUGAUAAGAACCUAGAAGCCAUGUUGGAGUCUUAUCAAGUUAUGAACUCCUCAAGAAAGGGACCUUAUAGAAUCCUCCAACUUGUUGCAGUUUUCAUCUUCAUCUUCCACAACUUAGCUAAAGAGGAAGUAAAGAUAACAAACUUAACCUUAACAAUGGUGUUCAUUGUCAUGGGGAGAGUUGUUGAGAGAUGUUUGAAGACAAGUCCCUUGGAUUCUUGUCCUCUCUUACCUGCUCUACUUGUAUUUCUAGACUACUUACCGUUUCUGCUUGACAAGACCGAAGAAGAAGAAUGUAGGUUUGAUGAGGAGAGUGAGAUUGCAAUAUCUUACUUCUUUGGAAAACUUGUUGAGUUCUUGAACCAGUUAAAGGUGAAAGACCAAAACUGUUCUGCUCUUUGGGAGGAUCAUGAACUGAGGUCACUGGCUCCUCUUGCUCCUAUACAUCUGCUUCUAAAUUUCUCAAGUCAUAUGGAACUAAGAGAGAGUUUUGAUAAAGGAAAGGAGAUUCGUCUUCAACGGAUUUUAAAUUCAGCUAUUAAGAUCUCAAGUAGACAGAAGAAGGGCUCUCAAAAGUGGUUAGUCUUUGACAAGCAAGGGACUUGGUCCUACUCAACUUCAAGUGCAUUGCUAUGCAAAGAAGAGAGAAGUAACAGAACAUGUGUUGCUGUAGGAACUCUUGAGAAUGAGAGUGAAAGAUCUGUGCCUGCAGAAGAGGAAGAAGUCAUUCUUCUAAAGCCGCUUGUAAGGUCUCAAUCUGCACCAAUCUCUUCUUCUGGCAUUGCAACAAAGCCACUCAGCUCAGAUAACCCAACUUCAUCUGAUGAGAGCCUAAAACGUACCUCAUCACUCAUUGUGAACAGCCAUAACCCACAGGGUACUAACUCUGAAAGCUUCAGCUUGAUGCAAGGUCUUAAGAAGACAGAACCGGAACUAGAAGAAGGCACAGUCUCAGGAAGACCUCCAUCACUAAGCGCGUGGGUAGUUGACAAGAAGGAAGAUAAUGGGAAAUUUGGUUUGAGUAAAGCAAAUGGGUUAAGCUCUAUUGAUGAAGCAAGUCCUGUUACAUGCUUUGAUAGUCUCUCAACUCCUACUCCAUCUGCUCCAUUACUUCCUGAAGACGCUUCUUGGUUUCAUGAUGGUGUUAGUACAAACCAAGCAGAGAGCUUCUAUGAUCAGACAAGACAUAUGGAACCACCUGGUUUCAUGAAGUCAUACACAAACACGCCACUUGUUGGGAUGUCUUCUUCUGAAUGGUUACGUAGGUACAGAGAGAGUAUGAAUCAUGGACCAGCCUAUUCCUAUCAAGCUCAGGGGACAGACAACUUCUUGGCUCAUGGUUCUUCCAAGUUCAGUCUGUUAGCAAGGUACGGGACACCAAAUGAUCAAUCAGUGAUCACUUCGGAGAACUCAAUGUUUCAUCCUCAGCUUUACAAUGAAUCUAGAGGAGAGAAGCUCUGCAACGGUCAGCAAAGCACAAGAAACGCUUAUGGAUUCAGUGAUGAUCCUGGACCGUUUCUUAGAUACUUGAGAGAGAAAGAGUGGCUGAAUGAGAAUGGCGAGAGGUUAAGAGAAGGUUGUAAGUGA